GUGGGUUGAGGGUACUGCCAUUGUGCAUAACCCCCAGAGGGACAGGAACAAUGAGAUGGGUGAUGACAUCAGGCAGGCAAAGGAACACAUUUUGCAGCCCCAGACAAGUAAGGUGUGGGCCUGGCUUCUUCCUCUUGACCCCCCAUCUCUGCCCCUUCACUUGUCUGGGGUUGUGUCCUGCCCAGCCUUUAUGUCAGCCAUUAGAGACCUGCAAAGGAAGGCUAGAGUCAUCUCCCUUUAGAAGGAGCAGGCUGCCCCAAGACUUCCCCAUUCCCAUCAAAGGGGGCCAGUGGGGCUGCUGGCCAUGUCCCCUGGGCCUCCCUUCCAGGGAGCAGAGCAGCUCAUGCCACUGUCCAGCAGGGAGGCCAAAGUCCGCCUGGCAGACACCCAGGAAACCAGAGUUUGGGAGACAAAGGUCAGUGGGAGAUGUUUAGGUAACAGCAAAGCAGGCAAAGCUGCUGGCUGGGGGCAGGAGACCACCAGCCGCUUCUCUUGCCCUUAACAGCAGACAUGAUACAUUGCCAAAAAGGAACACACACACACAGCUCAAAACAUUUGCAUAGCAUUUCCAUGUGCAAAUUUAUGCGAGCCAGUGUGGAGCAGUCGUUUGAGUGUUGCACUUCAACUCUGGAGAUCAGGAUUCAAUUCCCUGCUUGGCCAGAACAUGAAUCAUCCUUGAGGCAUAACCCCUUUUCUGCCAUCACCUGCAGAGACACUGGCAUUGCCCCCACUCCAUGGCGUCCCUGCUGCUCUCACGUGGAUCCCUGCCCCUUCUGGCUUACAAGCAGCUGCCUGGCCAUGAUCCCGGCAUCAUCUUCCUGCUGGGAUUCAAUGAUACCAGGACCAACCCCAAGUGCCAAGCUAUGGAGCAGUUCUGUCGGGAGACGGGACGGGCAUUCAUCAGCUUUGACUACCGAGGCUGUGGAGAGUCAAAAGGCUGCUUUGAAGAGAGCCGCCUUGGAGACUGGAAGGAAGAUGCCUUGGCUGUCCUCGAUGAGCUCACCCAUGGGCCCCAGAUCCUUGUGGGAGCCAGCAUGGGGGGCUGGCUGGCUCUUCUGGUGGCCCUGGAGCGCCCAGAGAGGGUGGCAGGAUUGGUGGCCACAGGGAUUGGCGUUGAUGCCUUCAUCCUCCAUGCCAGAGAGCUCUCUGAGGAGGUGAAGAGCCAAGCGCGGCAGAGCGGCCUCUAUGACUUCUUGAUGCCCAAUGGCCAACAUCUGCUCAUGCAAUGGGACUUCUUCGAGGAGGCCAAGCGCCACGGCUUGCUGGAGCACCCCACCAUCCCCGUGGCCUGCCCCGUCCGGCUGCUGCAUGGGAUGCAGGACGAAGCGGUGCCCUGGCAGCGGGCGCUGGAGGUGGCAGAGCGGCUGGAGAGCAGCAACGUCCGGGUCUUGCUGGUCAAAAAUGGGCAGCAUGGCCUGGCAAGAGAGGAGGAGAUGCAGGAACUCUUGGGAGCAGUGCAUGACCUCCUGGCAUUGGUACCAUGGGAGGAUGGAGGCAGGCAAGGAAGCAGUGGCGGAUCUGGCUCAAAGUUGACCCCAAGGAGCAGACAAUGAAAUCCAAGUGAAAUCCUCUUCCUCUGCAUGGAAGACAGGAGGGUAUCUCACAGGGUAUUUUAUGGGAUGCUCUGAGCUCAAGAGGGGUGUUCUUGUACCAGAGGGCCUAGACAUCUUUGUGUGUGUGUUUGUGUAGCCAAACCUCCUGGGACUCUAACAAGAGAUGCUCUCCCUCAGCUUUGUUUUCUGCAUGCCAUGGAAAGGUCACCAUGUUGUUCUUCUGGUGUAAGAUAAGAUCUGGACAACCAGCAAAUAAAUGCAACUGGUCCCAUCAUA